CUUCCGCUAAUUAGCCCUUUUUUAACUCAAAAUUCGAAAGGAAAGAGAUGAUGGCAAUGGAAUCCCUCAUACCAACCAGCAUGCGCCCUUGUAAAUCCCCAUUAAAAUUUCUCAACAGAGCCAAGAUUCAUGGCUCUCGUCGCUCUUCAGUCAUCGUCACUGCAGCAUCUCGAGACCCAAACUCUGAGCAGCAGCUGCUCGACCUCUCAGUCCUCCGCUUCACUUUAGGGAUCCCAGGUCUCGACGAGUCGUACCUCCCAAGAUUCAUCGGCGCAGCGUUCGGUUCCCUCAUUAUCGCCAACCAUUUUCUGUCUCCGUCUUCUCCGAGUCCAGCUCAGCUGAGAUCGGAGGCUCUUGGUACUUGCUUGGCUGCAUUCUCAACGGCGCUGCCGUACUUGGGGAAGUUUCUGAAGGGUGCAAAUCCAGUUGAUCGUUCAUCUCUACCAGAAGGUAACAAGCAGAUAUUUGUCUUAUCCCAAAACCUCUCAGGUAUCCAGAAAGAGGAUUUAGCUUGGGAGUCGUAUGUUCUUUUGCGGAAUACGAACACCAUGUCAGUGGCCAUAGUUGUUCAAGACACGUUUUGUUUACGUGGUUACUGGAACACACCUGAAAAUCUUUCAAAAGACCAAAUAGUUGAAUGGUUUAAAAGUCAGAUUCAGCAGCUGGGGUUUCUUGAUCUGAAGGAGGCACUCUAUUUUCCACAAAACCCAGAUAUUCGCCUUCGAGGAAUACUACCUAAGGGAGUCCUUUCACUACUUGUGCAGCCACUUUCUGGUGCUUCUGAUUCAAUUAACAACGUCGCAACUGAUAUACAAGGGUUUGUGUUGCUGAUGUCCAAUGCAAAGUAUGCGUACAGUGAAAAAGAUAGAUCUUGGAUAAGAGUAAUCACAAACAAAAUUCAAGUAUAAACACAUGUCCGGACAUGGAAGCUUGUAAAUGAUAUUAAUUUGUUCUAAAUUAUAUGAAUUGUUCAUACCCUUGUCAUGAUAAUUUUUUUGGCUGAAUAGCAUCUUGUAUCACAUUGUGAAAGAUCAAAGCUAAUUAAUUCAUUA